AUGGGUACCCGGCUCCUGGGCCAUGUGAUGCUUUUCCUCCUGGGGGCAGGCCAUGGAGCAGCAGAAGUGACCCAGUCCCCCAGACACCGCAUCACGUUGCCCAAGAGGGAGCAGGUGUUGGAGUGUUCUCAGAGCACAAGCCACGACGCCAUGUACUGGUAUCGGCAAGACCCAGAGCUGGGCCUGAAGCUGAUCAACUACUCCAUUAAUGUUAACAUAACUGAGAAGGGAGAUGGUUCUGAGGGAUACCAGUUCUCCCGAAAUAAAAGGAGUUUCCCCCUGACCCUGAAGUCAACCGCCCUGGAGCAGACCUCUCUGUACCUCUGUGCCAGCAGGGAGGACACAUGGCUGGAGGGAGGCCUGGCUCCCCAGGUGGGCGGGACAGUGACAUCACAGCCACCUGCCGCGGCCUCGCCGGGGGAGACCCACACUGGUCUUGAACCGGCCAUGGUUCUCAGGCUCCUCUGUGCUGUGGCCUUUUCUGUUCUGGAAGGAGUCCUCACCGAUGCAGGCCUCACCCAGAGCCCAAGAUACCUGGUUAAAAAAGAGGGAGAACACGCCUUGUUGGAAUGUUCGCAGGACAUGGGCCAUAAUAGCAUGUUCUGGUAUCGACAAGACCCAGCGCUGGGGCUGCAGCUGCUCCACUACUCCAUCGGUGUCGAGGAUACACAGGACGGCGAUUUCCCUGAUGGGUACAGCGUGUCCAGGGAAGAGAUAAAAUGA